AUGCAGGUCGCGCUAGGCCGUCGUACUUGGGUCGCCGGCCAACGUGCCUGGUGUGAAGUGACGGUCCGCAACGAGAGCAAGAAGAAGAUCAACAAAUGUGCCCUCGCGAUUCUCCAAACUGUCAACACGUACGGCCUCCCGGGCAAGGGCCGGAACCCGCACGUCCCGAUCGAGGUGGAGCGCAAAAAGGUGUCCGAGGAGAUGAUCGAGGCCGACUUUAUGGAGAUUGGCUCGGGUCACAUUACCGGCAAGAGCUGGUGGACAGGCCUCGAGCCCAACGAGGCGAACCGUUGGGACAUGAGUGUUCCUAUUCCUGGUGGUAUGAUAUCUAUUCCUCGCUCGCGCUUCGUAGAGGUCACCUACACGCUCCGUGUGACCCUCAACAACACGAUCUACGUCGAUAUUCCCCUCAAUCUUAUUAACUUCCUGUCUAUCGACCCUCCUCCGAUGCCCAGCGACAUCCGUCGCCGCGCCCGUCUCCUCCAGCGGGCCCCUGCGCCUCCCCCUAUGCAGCCCGUUCAGAUGGGAGGCCCCGUCGACCCUCGCUACCGUGCUGUCGCCAUGGCCGGCGUGGCUAUGCGUGAUGAGUCGCCCACCCUCGGCAAUCAGUCGCGCGACAUUAGCCCACGAAACACUGUCGCGCAAGGAUACACUUCCCAGCAGCUCCGCGGCGACGAGGACAACAUGGCUCGCGCUCGUACUAGCUCGACCACACUCAACAUUGACACUCUCAUGGAGCAAGGCCGUGCGCGCGCUGCCCAGCCCGACCCGCAGGACACGAUGGAGGAACUCAACCCGCGUGCUCCGUCGUCGCCCGCAUCGGCAUACUCGACUGAACACGGCAAGGGAACUCUUCGGAGCCGCCACGAGCUGGAGCACCAGCAUGACCACGGUCACGAUGAGUCGGGCUGCCAGCUCUGCGUUGAUGAGGCGCAGCGCCGUGAGGGCCGCGCCAACAUGCUGGAGGUUAUCCGCGAUGAGGGCGAUGACGACAAGUUGAGCAUGGUCAGCCACGACUCGAUGCUCACCAUGGAGGACCGCAAGUCGUAUGUCCCCAACGAGGCGCCAGUCGAAAAGAGGUCGUUUGAGAUCGGCCGCAGCGGACCCAACAGCGAGACCACGCACGAAGACGACGACAUGGACGACGACGAUGCGGCCACCGAGACGGAUCGUACCCCGCAGGGCUCGCCUCAGCUCUCGCCCGAGAACUUCCAGCUGCCGAUGCUGCCACAGGUUCACCCCCGCGAGGCGUACCUCUCCCACAUUUCCGAGGAGGAGGAACCUUUUGAGGAUGAGACCCUCGACGACAUCAUCUCGAAUGGCCACGAGGGUGGUCACUUUGAAAUGCAAGGUGACGGCGACGAGGAUGAUCUGUACGAUGAGCCCCACUACCAGGGCAGCGACGGUCCCAAGACCCCACAGGACACUCCCGGCCGCCGUAGCCUUGAGGACCGCCUCUCGAUUGCUUGCCACACUGGCCUCCGCCCCCCUCCCCGCCGCAGCCCCGAGAGGCCCAAGAGCGUCGACUACACCGAGCCCAUCGAUUUGGACCAGAUGUCCCUCCACGGUCUGAGCCUGCACGACCACCACGACGACGGCUAUGACGGCGAUUCCAACUCGACCCUCGGCCGCUCCAGCUCGCCCACGAAGCGCACCAAGCCCCGCCACUCGCACUCCAACUCGCUCCCGGCCUGGCCCACGGACUUGAAUCCCCCCAUGCUCCCCUCGCUCGCGUCGGUGCGCAACAUUCCCUGGGGUGGUGACCUCACCGGUCGCACUGUCAGCGGCAGGUCGAUGAUGCCCGUCUUUGACGACGAGCCACAGACGCCGCGCUCGCCAUUUGAGCCGCGCAGCCUCCGCAUGCCGUCGCCCGUCAGGCGUACCCCUUCGCCUGUAAAGUCCCCCUCCAAGUCUCGCUCGGCCUCCCCACUCAAGCGCCCCUCGUCACCUGCCAUGCUCAAGCACGGCCGCGAGAGCCGCAACCUCGCCGCUCUCGCUGCUGAGCGCCCUCUUACUCGCGACAACGAGACCUUUGACCUCAUGUCCAAGGCCGCCGAGUCGUCGGACGAGGAGCUUGCCCCGCCCAACCGCCUGACUACCGGCCCGGCCUCGUCGUCAAACGGCAGCUAUCACACUGCGCACAGCGGAAGCUCUCACGAGCGCCUCCCGCCUCUGCAACCUUCGCAUUCGGACAGUGGCUCUUCGGAAGGUCUGAUCGAGUCGCCUACCAACUCGCGCAAGCCCGCAGUGUACGAGAGGCCCCUCCCCAACUCGCCCAGCGGCCUUCCCCAGCGUGCUUCGCUGGACGUUCCCGACCGCUUCCGCCCCGUCAUCCCUCGUGAGCGUGUGGUGUCGGACGAGUCGUUCGCGUCGCACACAUCCAUGAGCACCAACAUGUCCAGCACGCAGGAGAGUGCAGUCUUGCCCGCCGUCAAGGCGCGCGUCGCGCAGAUCGAGACUCGUGAAGAUGCCUUACGGCCGCUUUACCGUCGGCCACAGUGUCGCCGGCCCCUGUCCCCCGUCUCUACUGGAUCCACCGCCCAGCCCUCCUCCAAGCGCAAGAGCUACACUGCGGCCCUCGCGCCCCGCCCUGCCUCGCUGUACAGCCGGGAGGAUGGUUCUUCGCCUCGUUCUGCCAAGUUUAGCGUCUCGUCCCAGUACUCGGAACGCACCCUCGACGACCUGCGUACCCCGCCUCACUCGACGUACCCGACGUACCCUCAGAAGCUCGGCCUCGCACCUGAGGCCCUUAGUGGUUCAGCAUUUGCCCACGGGCCCGGCUCGCCGACGAGUACCAUCUCACACGCGCACCACACCCUCGCUAGCGGGUGGGAGGCGAUUGGCGAUGUGGGCAGUGUCCGCUCCGCCAGCCCCGACAAGCAGUCGCGCCUCCUGCGAAACCUCUCCACAACCAGCGUUUCCACCACCGCAACCGAGAUUGAGCGCGCCCUCUCUGGCGACGCGCGCAGCCCAUCACUGAUGACCCCGCGCGGCCCGCGUGCACUCGGCCGCGCACCCUCCCCACUCCCCUCACCCACCAAGCUCAACACACCCUCCUACACGGCCUCGCCAGCCCACACUCCGCGCAAGGCACCUAGCCCGGCGCCCAACCACUUUAUCCGCUCCGAAACCGCCACGGUCGACCACGCAUACCUCACCGACGGACAGGACGCACAGAGCGAAGGCAUGAGCGAGACGAUGAGCGAGGUCGGCUCCGGAUCCGAUUUUGGGUCGACCGGGUACGCGGGUAACAGCGUGCGCUUGCCGCCCGUGAGGGCUGUCGGCCCCAGGCCCAUGUGA